AGCCCCAGCAGCACUAAUGGCGAAGAUGAUGUGUGAUAGAAGUCACUAUGUGCACAAUGCCUUAGCUGCUCUGGCAUGUGCAAGAUGAAAUGACUACUGUGGGUUGAUUUUUUGAAAGAUGUUGAUACAACGGCCUGACUAUUUUUUUCCUUAGUUCAUUUUCAUCAGAUUAUCCUGUUGCUUCCAAGUGUAUGUGAAGAAGUUUUCAUAACGUCUUCUACCUAGUGAUAGUGUGAUGUAAUUGUAAUAGUCGUUGUACUUAAGGAGUACCUGCUUAUUCUUACCAGUACGUACUUCAAGAUGAGUAUGCUACCUCCUGCGAAGCGUCCGCGUUUGGACGAUGGUCCUCCUGAGGGAUACGUUGCUGGCGCUGGUCGAGGUGCGCGGCCUAUUAUGGGCAUUCGACCAGACAAUUUUGAUGCAAGAGGUAAGGGCGGCAAAGCUUCCAUGCAGUCCAUGCAUACGCUGUCUCGGCAAACGGAUCAUACAGUAACAAACCCUGCAGGUGGUCUGCUCACCGGAAAGCAUGGGUUUUUAACCAACAUGAUCGGACUCGGCGCAUCUGCGAACGACACAAGGGAAGGCGCGGAUAAACAGUUCGGACCCGCACCACCAGGUUACAUCCCAGGUCGUGGUCGUGGUGCUACGGGGUUCGUUGGUGGUGUCUCUCGUGACGAAGUCGAUCGUGAUGACGAUAAGACGGUACUACGACGUCCAUUUGAGAGCUGAUGCAUAGAAGUUGUUAAGGACGAAGACAGAGUACUUGCUGCCACGAAGAACAAUAUCUAUAUCAAGCGCUCAUCCUGUUUGUAUCACCCUCGCAUAUUUCUCACUCUUACAACUAUUGGCGUAGGAGUUGUCGAUAUUUUUUUGAAUCAUCUAGCUACCACAACAACUGACAGGAUUUGGGAGAUAACAACUACGAUGAGUUUGCGGGUUAUGGUGGUUCUUUGUUUUCUGGCGCGAAUUACGAUCAAGACGACGACGAAGCCGAUAAAAUUUACAACGAAUGCGACGUUCGCUUAGAUGAAAGGCGCGCGAAAUGGCGGGAAGAGCGCAUUAAAAAUGAAUUACGAAAAGUCCGUUCCGAGAAGCCAACAGUAAAACAGCAGUUCGCGGACUUAACGCGUGAGCUAGCCAACGUAUCGACCGAAGAGUGGAACAACAUCCCGGAGGCACAAGAGCACUUAAAAGUGAAGGAAAAGAAAAGGCAAAGCAUACACGCAAUACCGGAUCAUGUGCUUGCCGGCACUACGGGAAUGCAAAGGCACGGGAACGGAAUCAGCACUCCGGUAUUUUGAUUUAUUCUUCGGAUAUUUGAACAUCAGUAGAAUUGCCAUUCUCAUCUUAUUCGUCCUAUCGUCGUUUGAUAGGUUUCAACUAGAAGCUGCUUGUAGCGCGAUCUGCAUCUGCUUUUCUCAACUCUCUACCACAGAUGAUGGGUAUGCAGACUCCGAUGAUGGGAGGAGGUGGCAUGUCAACACCAAUGGGCAUGCAAACACCCAUGGGAAUGCAGACGCCCAUGGGCAUGGGAAGGGGCGGGAUGAUGACACCCAUGAUGGCACCAGGUAAUCCUAUUUAUUUUGAUUUGGAAGGGGCGUCGGGAUGAUGACACCCAUGAUGGGACCAGGUAAUCCCAUUUUUUUGGAAGAACGAUCAGUAUCUACGUGGGUGUCCUGAUGUAGUUUCAUCGGACUUGCAAAAUGCAAAUUGUAGACUUCUACUUCCGGAGCAGGAGUAAGAAGAUUGUGAAUGAUCAGCUCUUUCCCUUUUACUUUCACUCAAUUUGAAACCUCGAGAUCUUCAGGUAGUAGCGGCAUGAGCACACCAAUGGGAAUUAUGACUCCCAUGAUGAUUGGAGAGUACCGUGCAGGGCGGGCCAGAAAUGCCAAUGGAAUGGCCACCCCCUUGGGAAUGCAGACGCCUAUGGGUAUGAGUGGCGCGCAGACACCUAUUGGAGGUAUGGCGACGCCCUCUGGUAUCCAGACGCCGAGCGGUACUAGUGGGAUGCAGAGUAGUAUCAACGAUUUGGCACAGGCAAAAAAGGGAGGUCUGGCGCUGAAAUUGGCCACAAUGGAAGGCAAAGUAUCAAACGUUGCGCGAGCUGACAUAGGCGGAAUCCUAACGGAUUUGCAAGCAGCGAAUCCAACUGGCAUAGGCUCAGCGGAUAUUAACGACAUUAAUAAGGUACCACAUCAGCUCUUUGCUCGAUCUUCAUCAUCAUGCUCCUUUAAUUCAUCACGACUUCAUCUUAAAGUAUUGAAGUAUCUUAUGUGUUUGUCAGUCGAAAACAAGUGACGACUUACGUUGUAGACAGGUUGUACUGGGACACCUACUCGCAGAUGAAAAUGAAUGACGCGGGGGCAAGUUCCCUACAACCUCUACUGACACGUCUUUAAUCACCACAGACCCGAUCCCUGAUGAAUAGUGUUACGCAAAGUAACCCGAAGCAUCCGCCAGGCUGGAUCGCUGCUGCCCGAGUAGAAGAGUUAGCCGGUAGGGAGGUAGCCGCUCGAGAGAUGAUCGUUCAGGGCGUCAAAAACUGCCCUAAUAGUGAAGACGUGUGGCUCGAGGCAUCUCGCUUAGAAUUGAAAACAAGCAGAGAAGCAGCCAAGAGUGUCAUCGCGCAAGGUACGCAUCAUUUUCAUAGUCUUGAAAAGCUAGAGUUGAAUCGUCCUUCUAGGCACCUUUUUAUACACUGACUUGAAUACUAGUUUGAUUUUUUGUCCAUAGCAAACUGCGACGCUUCUUCUUGUAUUUUUGCAAUCAAAUAAAAUCCAACCCAGGUGUGAAGCAAAACCAGCACUCUGUGCGUUUGUGGAUGGAAGCGGCGAAUUUAGAGCAGGACAGAACGAUAAAGUCCAAAGUUUUGCGGAAGGCCUUGGAUUUUAUCCCUAAUAGUGUGCAGCUUUGGAAAGAGGCCGUCGCAUUAGAGGACGAGACAAACGCGAAGAUCUUGUUGCUUCGCGCGGUCCAGUGUGUGCCCAACAGCGAAGAGAUGUGGCUCGCCUUAUCAAAACUCUGUCCGUUCAAGGAAGCCCAGAGUGUACUCAACGAGGCACGUAAGAAGAUCCCGACCUCACCGCUUAUUUGGGUCAACGCAGCGAGGUUGCAGGAACGAGGUACAACCUACACUGUAAAAGUAGACUGAUCUUGUUGAGCUUAAGGUUUGAUGAAGAUUUAUUAGAAUUACAAGGAUGUUAAUCAGCAAACACCAGUACUAAAUUUAAAUAUUUAUAUAUAUUAUAAAUAUAGGUUUGUUUGUUUGUUUGUUUUGGUGCGCUCCGGGCGACGCGUACGAUCUCGCCGGGUUUCUUUGUGCUCUGUGUGUGUUGUGCUAUGGUCGUCAUUGCGAUCGGCUAAGACUAUGGCACGUCUGGUCGCCACAGUCUCCGCCAGCUACGGCUUUCGUGGCAUGCCGGGCGAGGUGUGCUGCAGGCGGCGGCGACUGCGCGUAGGUAGCGCCUGGCGGUGAGGCGCGGCCGGGUUUGGUUGACGUUUUUACGGCCUGCGUGCUCUGUUCUUCGCGUUCUCGUUUUGCUUUUGUCUUCGUUCUCUUUGUCUUCGCGUGCUACCUCUCUGUCUCCUCCUUGCUCGUUCUUUGUUCGCCGCCACCUAUCUCGGCCCCCGUCCUAUCGUAGCGGGUAGAGAUGGGUAGUACAUUUAGAUAUAGGUAGUACAUCAAAAUCGAUCAUCUUCAUCAAUUAUACCGAGUGAUGUUGUCGUCAAUCACUUUGGGUCAGCACGACCACAACUUGACGUUGUAUUUAAACAAACACAGGUGCCGCUCUCGGUGGUGUCGACGUCGAGAAGCUGUUUCCUCGUGCGAUUGAGAACUUGAAAGCGAACGGUGUGCAUAUGGACCGCGACAUGUGGGUGAAGCAUGCCGAGGAAGCGGAAAAAUCGAAGUAUCCAAAAACUUGCGCUGCUAUCAUCAACGCGACGAUCACCUUGGGCAUCGAGCGCAUGGUGGACCACGAUCCCAAGGGCCUGAAGCGAAUAUGGCUCCAAGACAUCCAAACUUUGGAGAGCAAGAACAGUAUUGGAACUGCGCGAGCGAUCUUCGAAGCAGCAGUAAAAAUUCUGCCGACAAAAAAGGGAAUAUGGCGAAGAUACGGAGAAUUAGAAGCGAAGUACGGGACACGAGAUAGUCUAGAUGCGGUUCUGGCACGGGCUUGUAUCCAGUGUCCCGGAGCUGAGGUUCUCUACCUCAUGCGAGCGAAACACAAGUGGCUCGCAGGAAACAUUCAAGAAGCGAGACAGGUACAGACGAUUCUACAGCUAGGUACUUUUCGAAGAGAAAUCGACAUUACAAUCGCAUUCCUGAGGAGUAAACAUGACCUUGUAGUGCUUCAAAAAUGAUUUUUCUGCUCGUUUUCUCAAGUAGUACCUAUCGACUAUUUCUCCGAGUAAAGGUAAACCAAACCUCGUCUAUGCUGGAACUCUUCCAUUCCCUAUCUCUGUAGGUUCUUGCCAGCGCCGACAAGCACCUCGCGGGCUCAGAAGCCAUCGCACUUGCUGCUGCUAAGCUCGAGACCGAGAGUGGCGAGACCCAGCGCGCCAGACUGCUGCUUCAGCGCGCACGCCUCUCCGUAGAAACUAGCAAGAUCUGGCAGCAGUCCGUUCAACUAGAGCGAGAAGACAUGUCCUACACACAAGCGAAGGAACUCUGUCGAAAAGCCUUACAGCGCUUCCCCAAAUCCGCAAAAUUGUGGAUGAUCGCAGGGCAGUUGAUACUAGAAGACCCGCACAAAACGAGGGGGGAAGACGAAGAGGCAACGAAAAUGUUCGAACGCGGAACGAUAGAAUGCCCCAAAAGCGUAGAUUUGUGGCUGUGUUGCAUCAAUAGUGAAAUGCGACAGCAGCGGUAUCCUAAGGCGCGUGCUUUGUUGGAGAAAGCGAGAUUGCGAAAUCCAAAAGCAGAGCUCCUAUGGUACAAGGCAGUCGAAGUCGAAGAACUCGAUGGAAAUGACAAGAUGGCGCAACACACGAUCAAUAAAGGUACAUCUUUCUUCAUCCAGUUGUUGAUGAGUAUUUACUUUCAUAUUACUGUUGAACUUGCUUCUUAUUCUUGCCUGUUUUGUUGCAGAUUGGUAGUGUUUGUUGAACUUGAAUGUGCAUCAUGGUCGUUUUGAUUGAUGUGAUCUACUCUUCAACAUUCAUCUGAUUUUUCACUGUUAACAGGUCUCCAGGAGUGCCCGAAUAGCGGGAUUCUUUGGUCCAAGGCUAUUGCGAUGGAGCCCAAAACUAGUCAGAACGCCAAGAGUGUGGAUGCUUUGAAGCACUGCGAAAACGACAGCUAUGUCCAGAUGGCUGUGGCCCAGCUGUUUUGGAACGACCGGAAGAUCGCAAAAGCCCGUAAGUGGUUGCAACGAGCUACCAGCUUGAACCCGAAGUUAGGCGAUUGUUGGGGAAUGGCGCUAGCCUUUGAGCUCGAGAAUGGCUCGCUCCACGAGCAGCGUGAGAUCAUCUUCAAGUGCGCCGAUGCAGAUCCAAAUAAGGGUCUGCACUGGCCAGGCGUUGCUAAGCUGCGGGACAACUGGCGCAAGAAACCAGCAGAAAAACUGCGAGAGUACGUGAAAGCAGUGUGGAUGGAGCAGUGGAACACGGCGGAAGGCACGCUAGAACCAGAAAUCCUCCAACUACUCCAGGGAAAGACGCGAGAAGUAGCAAGAGAAGCAACGAAAAACAAGCUGGAGGCACGGAAACGCGACGAAAUCGAGCGGGAAGAAAGAAGGUACACUUUUGAAACCCCGUUCAUCGCUGCGACAACCUUCACUGGAGAAAAGCCAGGAUACUGCUUCAAACUCGGGGUCAAGGGCCUUGGAUACUACGAAGACAUAGGUUUGGAAAUGAAGAAGAAAAGAACUGCAGCAAGUGCAGCAUCCACGUCUGUGCCCGAUAGCGCGAGAACCGCGAAUGGAAACGGCCGUGCUUGUGCUUCAUCUGAAGACAGAAAGCGGUAGAAGAUGGUCGGACCCUGCACUUCCGCGACAGCUUCGCCUGGCUUUUCCUGUGGCUUUGAAUUUGGGAAUGGAAGCGAGGACGCGUCAUGCUCUACUUCUUCACAAUCAUGACCAAUAUUGCCACAUACACAUAUGAUGUGUCGCCCACACAGAGUCUAGCUUUCGUCUAGUUGUACAGAGUGAUAGACUGCUAGGGACACGAAUCAAAAAUGAAUGAAUAGAUACUAUGUUCUAACGUCCUCUCGUAAAAGCAGAACAACGUUGACCAUGAUGAGUAUUGAAGACUGGAUUUGAAACGUUUGCCCAUCACGAAAAAAUUCAAUCGAAUAAUUGAG